CCGAUUUGCGUCGUUCCGAAUAAAAAAUUCGUAACAACAAGCACAAACUGGAUAGUAUCUGUGAAAAAAUUAGAAUUCAUAGAGAAAUUAUAGUGUAUCAAUGUGAAAAAUAGUAUACAAUCUACAAUGUAACGUGUUCAUCGAUUUGUCAACAAAUCCUGCACAACAAUAAACCUCCAUAUAACCGACAUAAAGAUGGUAACAAUAUACAGAACUGAAGGAAUUUACGUAUAAAGUCUUUUUUCUUGACCUGACUGAACACGAAUAGUACAGUUAUAAAGGGAUCGGAUACAGUAUACUAAAUAUGUCAAACUCUAGUGGAAAUUGUAAAAUAACGAGAAACUUAGACUAAGUUCGAUCCGUGGGUUGUCAAAUAUCAUGUCUCGUUUAUGUAAAUUUAUGGCAUAAUUGGUAGAAGAGUGUAGCAUUUUAGUUUGAACACAUGUUGAAGAGGAUUACGCUAAAGUCUGGCGUAUGAUAAGAAAUGGAUUGAUUUAUUACGGAGAGCAAAAUUCAAGUGCCUCCCUGUUUGUAAAGCACUACUUUUCUUCAAUAUAAAGUUGUAGGCAGAAUUAUUUUAUGAAGUCGAUCUCUCGAACAGAUUUGAAUAAAAGUGGAUAUUUCACUGUGAAACAGUUAACUUUUAUCAGCCACUGUUUGAAUAAAGUUCUCGAUAUUUGCUAGGUAAUUGAAGUAAAAUAAGCAAAUAAAGACCUGUUUGAUUUUAAAGUGUAUUGAAAAAAUGCAUUGCGUCAGUGUUAUGGUUUUUGUCAGUAGUAUGUGAAAUGCAGUUUGAUAGUAAAGUGAUAGGUUUGGAAUAAAAAGUGAAAAGGGGAGAUAAAUAAAGGGGAAAACAUGACGACAAGGGCUGUAAUUCCGCCUUUAAGUGUGGAUCAUGUACCACAGAAGCAGACUUAUGAGAUGCUGGAGUCUCGACUUCAAGCCGCGGAAAAUGACACUCAUCAACUUAUCGAACAUUUAGGGAGUAUGGGGUUCGACACUCAAGUCGGAGGCAAGAGUGGAUCGUACGAGACGGUGUCGCCAUUUAGAGGUCAGGUGAACCAGGUCAAUCAGAAAAACUUUGAAAUGUUUAAGAAUAACUACGAAACGUUGGUGUCACGAGUGUGUAAAAAUGAAAGUGUUCUACAAAGCUUGAAGCUAAAUCUAGUGAACCUUCAUGGAGAUCGGAAUUUUAAGCAGAAAAAUGACAGCGAGCUGAGAGAGAAGUUUCAAUUUGCAAGAGAAGCGUAUGAACAGGAAAUAGGAAAGUUGACCCGGCAGGUAGAAUAUUACAAAGAGGAACUGAACUCUGAACAUAAUGCCAAAGAAAAAGCUAGAGAUGAAAUCAAAGAGCUUCAGAAAGCCCUUGGACAAGCAGCAGAGACAAGGAUGGAGGUUGCCAUGACAGCUGAGGGAUUGAACAUGUCUCAGCAAAAACUUCAAAAGAGAAUCUCUGACUUGAAGGAGGAGGUAUUGAGGGAGCAGAGCCUGCGUGCCAGCCUCGAGGAGUCACACAACACACUGUUAACGAGGGUGAGGGAGAUGGAGACUGUUGUAGAAAUGGAAAGAUCUGGGGUUAAAAACAUGACAACUGAGUAUGCUCAAAUGAAGGCGGAGGCGGAAAUGGUGAAAGAACAACUGAAGGAUGAAAUCAAGAAGAAGCAGACGGCGGAAAGCAGUGUCAGAAUGCUGUGUGAGGAAAAAGAUAAUUUGUUGUUGAAUUACAAUAGUGCAGAGAAUGAUCGUCAGGUGCUGGUGACGGAGGUGUCGCGGUUACGAGAGCAGUACGAAGAUUUGAUACGGCAGAUGGAACAAACUCAAACUAUAAUUGAUAAGCAACAGGAGAUAUUUUUAAGUGAUAAGCUGAAGACAACUGACCAAGUGACUGAAUGUUUGAACAAGAACAAGGAGUUGGUGGAGGAAAAUGAAAACUUGACUCAAAUGUUACGUACGACUGCUGCAGAGCACGAUAAAAUAAAUGCACAAUUGAAACGGGAACUUCAGAAUGAGAAAAAGAAGAAUUUGGAUAAAGAAGUGGUAGAAGAUGAAGCUAUGAGAUUAAAAGACAGUGUAGCAGAAAUCACAGAAGAUAACCUUGAUCUCAGGAAAAAAUUGAAAAGAUCAGAGGAGGAAGUAUCUAAGUUAAGAAGUAAGAUAAGCAGCAAAGAUGAGGAGUUCAGUAAGACAGCUGGCAGUCUGGAGAAGGAGCUACAAUCUUUAAGAGAUCAGUUACAGACGCUACAGAAAGAUAGGGACAAGGCGCUCAAAGAUAAAGAGGCAUUGUUAGAAGAGGUUAAUCAAACAGUAGAUACAAUGGUUGAAGAGAGAACAAAGUUACAGAAGCAGGUUCAACAACUCCAGCUAGAGCUGGACGGUCACUCAAGAGCUCGCAGAAAGUUAGAACACGAGAAUGCUCAUUUGCUGGAACGAGUGUCCGGCUUCGAACAACAGCAGGAUAGACUAACAGCUCAUAUGCAAGCACAAAAACAUGUUGAAAACACACUCAAGGAAAUGAUGGAUCAGAAAAAUAAGCUUGCGUAUGAGAACGGACGUCUGCAGACGCAGGUGGAACAGGCCACGAUCGAGCUGGAGUCGUUGAGGAAAACCGAUCUUGAGGUCACGAAAUAUAAACAGAUUUCAGAGGCGUUGGCUUCAAAAUACAGCCAGUGUGAGACAGAGAUAAGUGAGUUGAAGGUAACAAUACAGCGUCUAGAGAGUCAGUUAAAACAGGCACAUGCCCAGCUAGAUACCCGCCAUAAUGACUACAGCUCUGUUAGUAUAGCCAAGGAAGAACUACUGAAAGAUAAUCAAAGAUUACUGACUAAACUACAGAGUGUUGAAGAGAGGGAAAAACGCAAGGUGAAAGCUUUACAAAAGAAUAAUGAAGAUGCUAAGGCUGUGAAUAAGGAGAUCGCGUCCACCCUCGAGUCUGUGAUGACAUCACAUUCCCAGUUACAGACGGUCGUAGAGAGCCUACAGAUUGACCUCGGCAAGAAAGACUCCCAAAUUAGCCGGCUUAAAAAUGACAAGAAUCGUGAGCAGCAAGAAUGGAAGGUAGAGAUGAGACGGUUUGAGGAGAGGAUGGAGAAUUUGAGAGAAGAGCUGAGACAAGAGAGAGAUAAAUCACAGAGAAAAACUACCAAAGAUAUUGCUGAGAUAAAGAAACAAAAUGACAGUUUGUCAACGCGCAAUAUGGAGUUGAUGAAGUCAAACACGGAGUUACGACAGAAGAUGCGAGACCAGGAAAGCACAGUACAAGAAUACAAGGAGAAAAUCAUUGACCAGAAACGUAAAAUGGAUUAUUUGAGGCGAGGGAAAAGUGAUGUGGAGGAGUAUGUGAAGAAAAUGAAGGAGAUGAAAGUUGACAUAGAAGAGUUGGAGUCCCUGAGAGAUACCUAUAUAGCUAAAAACCAAGAACAGGCUGAGAUGAUCUCCACAUUCAUGGCUCAGAUAAACUCACUACAGACCGAGUUACGACAGCUGGCACAUGCUCAAUCACAAACCCAGGAUCUCAUGACUCAGAAAGAGAAAUCUAUUGAGAAGGAGAGAAAAUUAAAAGAUGACUUCAGAAAGAAGUACAAGCAUUCAAGAAGGAAAGAAGAUGAACUUGAUCAUAUGAAGUCUUCUGCAGAAAAACGUCUGUCUGAAGUCAGAGAGGAGUCUCUGGAAAUAUCAAAUCAUUUAAAAAGUGCACACGAAUGGUUCAAGGACAAAUUUGAUAACUUACAGCAUGAACUUGUCGCUUCAAGGAGGGUGCAAGAGAAACUAGUAGAUGACAACUUGGAACAGAAGAAAAAGUUGGAUGGUGAGAGGAGGAAAGCCCAGGCAGCUGCAGAAAAAGCCAGGGAAAUGAUUCAGGCAAGCAGACAGACUAUCUCACGUCUUGGUGAUUAUGCCGAUUUAGCGGACCACGAAACUAAAGAACAGUUAAGCCAGUUAUACAGCCAGUUACAACAGGAGAAAGAUCAUUCGAAAUAUCUCGAGAUGAAACAUCAUAAAUACAGAGACGCCAGUGCUCGACAGUUUGAAAACCUGCUUCAUGAAACAGAAGAUUCAUACAGCUGAUAGGUGCUUUUGGUUAUAGAUGACGGAACUACUUUUUUCCAGAGAUUUUUUUUAUUUUUUAUAUUCUUGUCAAAUUGGGCCAAUGUCUAAUUUUGUGCUAAGGUCUUAUUAUUUUUUGUACAGGUGUAUAUGUAUUACUGUUGGAAUCUAGGACUUGGAUUGAUUAAAGGAAAUACACAAAGGACUGUGAUAGAUUCUAGGAAAUUGUACAAUUGUUCAUCGAAACUUGACUCAUUCUUGUGAAGUUGAAGAAUUUAUCACUAUAUUUAGGAAAAAGAUAUCAAUUUUGGGCGUAUUCAUAUAGUGUAAUGAAUGGUUCAAGUUCCAAUGCGAAGAAACAAAAUCGCAAAGGCCUGUAGGAAUGAGUGAUUAAUUUUAAAUCAUUUGAACGUUAAAUCAUGCAUACUACAAUGCAAGAAAUUUAAUAUUAUUUUUAUUUAAAAAUGCUUAUAAAAUAGGGAAUUGAUUAAAAUUUACUUUAAACUACAUUGAGCGGAGAAGUCAUUUUUAUGACGUCAUUCGGUUAGUUGGCAUCACGUCUAAGGUCACAUGACAAAUGUAAGCAUUUCGUUUUUACACAGUGCAUUUUGACAGUCCUGUCAAACCUAGGAACUAUGUGAAGUGUAUUAGAAUUUAUGUUUAGAACUAAUAUUUUAGGACUAACAUUUAGAUAGUACUGGUAGGUGAAUCUAAGAUGUAGAUAGGAGUAUAUAUUGUAAUUUUGUAUGUCCAAAAUGUAAAACAUUAACUAGUUCAAGUUCAAACCUUUAGACUUGGUAAUAGCUUUGACUAACAAUAUUAGACUACAGAGUUCUCAGACAACAAGUUGUGAAAUGUAAAAAAAAAAUUGUGAAAUGUAAAAAAAGUUAGUUAGGUUGAAAAAUAUUCAUUCUUAUUGUUUGUAAGUGUAUAUACUAGUAGGUAGAAAAAAAGUGUUUAACCAGUCAGCUGAGUGACAUCUUUAUUUUAGAGAGGAAAUUAAAAACAGAAGCUGUUUUUAUGGCACUUGUUCUGUCUAAUUGUGUCUGGUGCCAAUUGAAGUAAAGGGGUAUCUGUCUGAAAAAAAAAAUUUAAAAAAAAUUGAAUGCCU